GGGUGCAGACGGGAGAUGCUGCUGAUACUGGUGACGCUGCUCGGCUGUGUCUUUGCAGCUGACGCUUGUCUGCAGUGUGAUCGCAGGGUUCGAGUCCUGCAUGAAGAAUUAGCCCGGUCUGCCCCGACUUUGAAAGAGCAGGAUGAAAUAACAGAUAUUUACAAGGGGGCGUAUGAGCGCUACAAAGAGACCAGCAAGGAGAGAAAAGGAAUAAUCGAUUUCACUAGUAUGUACAGAGCCGGCACCGAGUACCGCAAUGAAUUCAACCUCUUCCGAAAAAGAAACCCUCACUCAGGAUCAAAUAAAGCCAUUUGGAUCGUGGAGAAGGGCAAGGAUAUCCUAAAGAAACACUUGGACAUCUUCAUCCGUGAUGGAUUGUGCCCCAACAAGUGUGGCCUCCUGAGACGGAGAGUAAUGGAUUGCGAGUCUUGCCACUACAAGACAUACAUCUGUCCGUCUCCCUCUGGCCAGCAGGACUGUGGUGAGCACCGAGUGCAGGCUGAGGAGGGAGGCCAGGCAAUGUUCGACUGUUUCCUCCCAUGGCAUCAACUUCUCACAAGAAAACCAGAGUAUAACUUCACCUGGGCUCCAGGAGAGCCUGGAACGGCAAAGCUGAACGAGACCAACUUCAAAGUGUUGGUAGUGACAGAAGAGUCAUUCUGGAUCUUAAACCAGCUGGAGGUGGAGGAACAAGGGACGUAUCGCUGCACGGUUCAGGAUCGAAGUGGAACCGUCUUCUAUCGAGUCACUUUCCUGCUCACUGUCGUGCCUUCCCCUAUCACGCCUCCAAAACCCCGGCUCCAUCUGCCCACACUGCCUGCCGGUUAUGAAUACGGAUAUGAUCAGCAGGCCGAGGAUAUAAUGGUGGGACUCCUCGUCACGAUUACUGUUCUGGCUCUUGUGGGGAGCGCCGAUUUCACUAGUAUGUACAGAGCCGGCACAGAGUACCUCUAUGAAUUCCGCCUCUUCAUGCAAACUCAUCACUCUGGACCAUUUGAAGCCACUCAAAUCAUGAGGAAGAGCAAGACCAUCUUAAAGAAACACUUGGAGCUCUUCAUCUGUGAUGGAUUGUGCCCCAACAAGUGUGAAACCGAGUGA